CCAAACAGAGGCCCUCAUUUGUUGGUUUUUGUGGGUUUUUGAAGAAGAAAGCGAGUAGGAAGUUGAGUCGAGUUCUCUCUUUGAUUUGUGCGUUUGCUCCCGAUUUUCCAAUGGAAGGAGGCGGCGGCGGUGGAUUUAGGGGAAGGGGAAGGGGAAGAGGGAGAGGGAGAGGGAGUGAUGGUGGUGGUGGUGGAAGAGGUGAUCCUGGCGGCUAUGGCAGAGGAACUGGAGGGAGACGUGGAGGAGGAGGAGGAGAGAGAGGACGAGGCGGUCAUGACGGCGGUGUUAAUGUUGGCGGGCCACAGUUCCACCACCAUCAUCCGCCGCAACAGCAGCCACAGCCGCCACUGCAACAGCAACCGCCAAAUCAGAAUCCGGGUCAACAACCGAGGCCUAAUCCAUGGAAUGCUCCCGCUUCUACCAGAGCAUGGGGGCCCAGAGCGCCUGCUCCGCCUGCAUCUCCGGUCGAAUCGGCCCCGAACAUCUCUCCUGAUCCUGAUACUCUUGUUCCUGCAAUGCAAUCAAUGGCAAUUUCAGGACAGACACCCCCUUCAUCUUCUUUGGAAAAGGCGAGCAAUCAUGUGCCAGUGAAGCGGCCUGAUCGUGGGGGGAUGAUACAUAUCCGAACUGCUAGGCUCCGCGCUAAUCAUUUUAAUCUCAAGUUCAAUCCUGAGAGUAUUAUAAUGCACUAUGAUGUUGAUGUUAAGCCAGAACACCCUGCUAAGAAUGGCCGUCCGGUGAAGAUGUCAAAGUCUGAACUUGCUGCAAUCAGGAAGCAGUUAUCCACGGAUGAUCCUUCAAAUUUUCCGUUGUUAAGUACAGCAUAUGAUGGUGAAAAGAACAUAUUCAGUGCAGUGCCGUUGCCCACUGGAUCAUUUAAGGUGGAAGUUCCUGAAGAAGAAGGCACGCGGUUCAGUUCGUACAUUUUGACUAUAAAGCUUGCGAAGGAGCUGCAGCUUUGCAAGUUGAAGGAGUACCUAAGUGGUCAGCUGUUGGAUAUCCCUCGUAACAUAUUGCAGAGUAUGGACUUGGUGAUGAAAGAGAAUCCAACUAGGCGCAUGAUUGCUUUUGGUCGAAACUUUUACCCCACUGAAUCUCAUCCAAACGAUGACCUUGGAUAUGGUGUUGCUGCCUUCAGAGGCUUUCAGCAUGGCUUGAAGCUCACUUCUCAGGGUCCUACCUUGUGUCUGGAUUACUCAGUCUUGGCAUUUCAUAAGCGCAUGUCUGUUAUUGAUUUUCUCCAACAGCAAAUAAGGGGAUUUACUUUAAAUAAUUUCCAGAGUUAUAGGAGAGAUGUUGAGGAUGUAUUGAAGGGAUUGCAAGUUAACGUUACUCACCGCAGAACCAAGCAGAAGUACCUCAUUAAGGGGCUUACUGAUAGGAAUGCAGGAGAUAUUACAUUUGAUGCUGUAGACAUAGAUGGCCAGAGUCCACCUACGAAAGUUAGACUUCUUGAUUAUUUCAGGGACAAAUACGAGGAGAUUCGGUACAAAAACAUUCCUUGCUUGGAUUUGGGGAAAAAUGGUAGAAGGAAUGAUACCCCAAUGGAGUUCUGUGUCUUAGUUGAGGGGCAAAGGUAUCCAAAGGAGUAUUUGGGCAAAGAAGCAGCCAUCAUGCUGAAGAACAUCUCAUUGCCUUCACCAAGAGAUAGACAGAAUCGUAUAUACGACAUGGUACGAUCAAAUGAUGGACCUUGCGGUGGUGGCAUCAUUCAGAAUUUUGGCUUUGAAGUCAACCAGAAUAUGACACCAGUAACAGGGCGUGUGAUAGGCCCUCCUGAGUUGAAGUUGGGUGCUUCUGAUGGCAAGGUGGUGACUAAGGUGACUGUUGACAGAGAGAAAUGCCAAUGGAAUCUGGUUGGGAAGAGAGUCGUGGAAGGAAAACCAAUCAUGCAUUGGGCUGUACUAGACUUCAGCAGUUAUGAUCGUUAUGGACUGGACCCUAACCAGUUCAUCCCAAAGCUCAUCGCUCGGUGCAACAAACUGGGAAUCAGAAUGGAAGAGCCUCUUUUGUAUGAACCCACUUCUAUGAGGCCAUUCUCUAGUGUGCAGAUGCUUCGUCAGCUGCUUGAAAAGGUUAAUGAAAAGGCCAAAAAAGAAGGCAAAGGUUACUUGCAACUACUUGUUUGUGUAAUGGCAAAUAGAGACCCUGGUUACAAGUAUCUGAAGUGGAUCGCUGAGACUCAAAUUGGUAUAGUGACACAGUGCUGCUUGUCAAAUAUGGCCAACAAAGCAAAUGACCAGUACCUUGCAAAUCUUGCACUCAAGAUCAAUGCCAAGCUUGGAGGCAGUAAUGUAGAGCUAAUUGAUCGGCUCCCCCUCUUAGGGGGUGCAGGCCAUGUUAUGUUUGUGGGGGCUGAUGUCAAUCAUCCUGCUGCGCGAAACACAACAAGUCCAUCAAUUGCAGCUGUUGUUGCCACUGUAAACUGGCCUGCUGCAAAUCGUUAUGCUGCACGAGUUCGACCCCAGUACCAUCGUAAGGAGAAGAUAAUAAAUUUUGGAGACAUGUGUCUCGAGCUUGUUCAAACUUACGAGCGGUUGAAUAAAACCAAGCCAAACCAAAUUGUUAUCUUCCGUGAUGGAGUCAGUGAGGGCCAGUUUGAUAUGGUUCUCAAUGAAGAGUUACUAGAUCUGAAGUUGGCUUUGGCAAGUAUAAAAUACCAACCAACCAUCACACUUAUUGUUGCCCAGAAGCGGCACCAUACUCGUCUGUUUUUGGAGAAUCCAAGGGAUGGGGGUUCCACAGGCAAUAUAUCACCGGGAACUGUUGUGGACACCACAAUCGUGCACCCGUUUGAGUUUGACUUCUAUCUCUGCAGUCAUUAUGGAGCCCUUGGGACAAGCAAACCCACGCACUACCAUGUUCUCUGGGACGAGCACCGGUUUACUUCUGACCAAUUGCAGAAGCUCAUAUAUGACUUGUGCUUCACUUUUGCAAGGUGUACCAAACCUGUAUCAUUGGUCCCACCGGUGUACUAUGCUGACCUCGUGGCAUAUAGGGGGCGUUUAUACUUUGAGAGUACGGAGGGACAGUCUCCAGCGUCAGUAUCCUCCGCCUCCUCCUCAUCCUCGACAUAUUCACGGCAGUCAGUGUCUUCUCUCGAUGAAAGGUUUUGCAAGUUGCACGUUGAACUGGAGAACAUAAUGUUUUUCGUAUGAAGGCCAAAGCAUGAUUCCAC